GGGGGGCGCGCGCUGCGCUACCAGGCCGCGUCGACCUCCGAACCUUCGCAGGCUCUCUGGGACUCUGGAAGAAUGAGGUCUUCUCUGAUGCCUUUGGGGCCCCCUGUGAGCCGGGACCGCAUCAUCACCAACUUUCCUAAGUGGUACACACCUGAUGCCUGCCUGCAGCUCAAGGAGCACUUCCACGGGCAAGUCAGCACAGCCUGCCAGCGCAGGAACACGGGGACUGUUGGGCUCAAACUCUCCAAGGUGGUGGUUGUUGGUGACCUCUAUGUGGGAAAGACCAGUCUCAUCCACAGGUUUUGCAAGAAUGUUUUUGACCGAGACUACAAGGCUACCAUUGGGGUAGACUUUGAAAUUGAACGCUUUGAGAUUGCUGGGAUUCCCUACAGCCUCCAGAUCUGGGACACAGCCGGACAGGAGAAGUUCAAGUGCAUUGCAUCUGCCUAUUACCGAGGUGCCCAGGUGAUCAUCACAGCCUUUGACCUCACUGAUGUACAGACUCUGGAGCAUACCAGGCAAUGGCUGGAGGAUGCACUAAGGGAGAAUGAGGCAGGCUCCUGCUUCAUCUUCCUCGUGGGAACCAAAAAGGACCUUCUGUCAGUAGCAGCAUGUGAACAAACUGAACUGGAGGCUGUGCACCUGGCCAAUGAGAUGCAGGCUGAGUACUGGUCAGUGUCAUCCAAGACUGGAGAGAACGUGAAGGCAUUCUUCAGCCGUGUCGCUGCCUUAGCAUUUGAGCAGUCAGUACUGCAGGAUCUGGAGAAGAGAAAUGGCACUUGGCCCCAGGUUGGCGAUGGAGACCUCAUCCGAAUGGAGGGGAGCUCACUGGAGACCCAGGAGAACAAGAGGCCCUCCGGCCUGAGCUGCUGUUAGCUUGGGCAAGCAUCAGAGGCCUCCACUCCUUGGGUGCAUGGGCAGCAGCUCCUGUGACGAUGGAGAGGUGACGCGGAGCUUGAACUCUGCAGUAUGUCUCCCCUCUAGGUGUAGAGGGCUUGCAUUCCCAAGGAUCAGCCGUUUUUCUGGCAGAUCAGGAGCCACUGACUGCCAGAGCACUCCACACUGCCUACCAAGGGGCAUCAUGCCUGACUGUGGGUAUUUCAGUGAGCUCCUUAAACGGGCAGUCUCACCUUUAGGGUCAUCAGAAUGUCAUCUGUGGCCUUGAGAAGCCUCAGGGCUACAAGCUCAGGACACUCCUGCAUUGUCUUACAUCUUUCACCCAUGGCCCACAUCAGCAGUCAACCCUGGCACUCUUUCCAAAGAUCUUAGAUGUGGCUUCAGAAUCCUUCUCAUUACAAUGUUCCAGGUGACCAGAAUUUGUCAAGGAGAAAACCUACUUGCCAUCCUACCAGGGAGUUUUCUAUUAUCAAUGGGACAUGAAGUUCCAGACCUUGGAACUCCAGGCCUCACUGUGCACUGUUCCUCUGCCACAGACUUCCGGGUUCCUUGGGCAGCCCUGCUCCUCUCAAAGGCAAUGGACAAGAAAGUCUCUCAGGUUCCUCCCUAGUACCUCUGAGAUCCCCAUGGUCCUGCCCUCCAGGUCAUUGGGCAACAAUGGACAGAACAAGCUGCUCACACGUCUGGCCCAUCUAGAGAUGAAUUUCCUUUGCCAUACUGUGAGAUGAAGGACUUCAUGGCCACUCCUUGGAUAACUCAUUUCUUAUUCCCUGAACUUUAUUCUGCCCUGCUCUGGCACUCAUGGUCACCACCGUUGCCUUCCUGCCUCUCUCUCUCCCAUUGGCCGUAUAUCUGCAGGACUUUUGUGAUCUGACCACUACUCAUCUAUAGAGGACUCAAGAGACUCUCCAGAGUCUGGCAUGUUUCUGACUCCACCAUUUCCUCUUGCAAACCCAGAGUAGGCAGGAACACCCCCAGCUCUCUGCCCAGAGUACUUGCCCUCCUCUGUGCCCCUCCUUUUGCUCCUCCAUGGGGUCUUUCCUGACCCUCUUCACUGCUAUUAACUUUCCCACCCUCCCCAUGCCACUCAUCUCUGCCCUCUGCUGGUACAUCCAGUAUCCCUGUCUGCUGCCUGUAGAUGGUGAGCAUUUUGUAGGCAGCUGUGCUGGUCAGCACCCUUCUAGUGCCUGGCACACCUCAUGUGCCCAGUAAAUGUUAAUUGACUAAUAACAAUUACCAAACAUCAAAAUUAUAAUGAACAAUGGCAUAUUUUUUCUGUUCAUUACCUCAUUACCUUUU